GGAAGGGGUGUUAGGCCUCGCGGGCAGACCAGGGCUGCGGGCUGCUGGGCGGUUACGUGGGGCGGUGUCCGGAGAGCUGCGGAGCCCGGUAGCUAGUGGUUCACGCCACACUCCAAGAGGUUCCUGAGCCAGGCGUCUGGCAAAGAGAAACGUCUGGGACACCCACGGGCCGGGACCAUGGGCUGCUGUUUCUCCAAGAGGCGGAAUUCUGAGAAAGAGUCGCAGCCCGAGGGCGAGGAGGAGCGACCGAAGCAGUACAGCUGGGACCAGCGCGAGAAGGUUGAUCCGAAAGACUACAUGUUCAGUGGACUGAAAAGUGAAACAGUGGGUCGUUUACCUGGGACAGUGGCAGGACAACAAUUUCUCAUUCAAGACUGUGAAAACUGUAACAUCUAUAUUUUUGAUCAUUCUGCUACCAUUACUAUUGAUGACUGUACUAACUGCAUCAUUUUUCUGGGACCCGUGAAAGGCAGUGUGUUUUUCCGGAAUUGCAGAGAUUGCAAGUGCGCACUGGCCUGCCAACAGUUUCGUGUGCGGGAUUGUAGAAAGCUGGAAGUCUUUUUGUGCUGUGCCACUCAGCCCAUUAUUGAGUCCUCCACAAAUAUCAAGUUUGGCUGUUUCCAAUGGUACUACCCUGAAUUAGCUUUCCAGUUCAAAGAUGCAGGGCUAAGUAUCUUCAAUAAUAACUGGAGUAAUAUCCAUGACUUUACACCUGUGUCAGGAGAACUCAACUGGAGCCUUCUUCCAGAAAAUGCUGUUGUUCACCACCAUGUUCCUCUGCCUACUACCAAAGAGCUCCAAGCUGUCCGCAUUUCCACAGAAGCCAAUAGAAGUAUCGUUCCUGUAACCCAGGGUCAAAGACAGAAGAGCAGUGAUGAAUCAUGCUUAGUGGUAUUAUUUGCUGGUGAUUAUACUAUUGCAAAUGCCAUGAAACUAAUUGAUGAGAUGAUUCGUGCAGGCUUUUUCCUGAUUCAGACAAAGGAAGUGUCCAUGAAAGCUGAGGAUGCUCAAAGAGUUUUUCGGGAAAAAGCACCUGAAUUCCUCAAUCUUCUGAACAAAGGUCCUGUUAUUGCCUUGGAAUUUAAUGGAGAUGGUGUUGUAGAAGAAUGUCAAAUUGUUGUUAACAAGAUAUUUGGGGAGACCAAGACGUUUGUAUCAGAAAACAGGGAGACAGCAUCUAGAGAUGUAGAAAGCUUCUACAACUUUGCUGAUAUACAGAUGGGAAUCUGAAGUGCAUCGUGGAACCAGGGACUUGGUAUUAAGCCCUUUUCAAUUUGUGUAUUAGCAAUGGCUUUUACUAAGGCUAAAAUUGUUAAAGCUGAUUCUUCAAUAUAUUGUUGAAUACUGCAUCAUUUACUUAAGGUUCAAAAAUAGUUCAUUUUAAAUUAAGUAUUUAAUCAGUGUAAAACUAUUUAACCUACUUUGAUAAGCUUGUAGUUUUGAUUCUCUGCAUAUGAUACUGUUACUAGAAAACAGAAGUGGCUAGGAGUUCAUGAUUUUAAUCCUAAUUAAACAUUCUUUCAAAUCUCUAAUUUAAACUUUCCUCAGUGUUCAAUGAUAUUUGUUUAAGAAUGCAUACCAUUACUUAUUUUCUAAUUUAGAGGGAUUUGUUACUAGCUGAUCAAUUAGAAUGAACUUCUGUACGUUUUUUCAUGUAUACAUAUCCAGUUAAAGAAUUGCUUCCUAUUUGCAUAAUAUGGAAAAUGACAUUUUGUACACAGACUUGACAGUACUUUGUAAAUUGAAUUUUUUAAUUAAUAGGUAUUUGAUAACUGAUUUUGCAACUAACUCUACUAACUGAUGUUGGUAUAGCUGUUUAAAGACUGCUUUUUGAGUAGUAUGAUUAUUUGAGUAAUUUCCCCCCUGUUUAGUUUUUUAAUACAAUUGCUAGAUGACUCUUGUGCUUCCUGGUAAGAAAAGGCAUAUGCAGCAAAGGCAUAUGCAUAAAAGCCCAUUACCAGCAGUUUUCAAGAAGGUUAUUAUUUAAGUUUUAUCAGCUCUUGUGGGAUAUUAGGAGAAUCAGAGCAAAACCUUGUGAUAUUUAGGUUAAGAAGUUCUUAGGAAUAAGUUAUGCAGAUUAAAAAGCUAGAUAAAUUUGAUUUUUAUUAGAUACACCACUCUUAUCAAGUAAUGUUCAAGCAAGACAAAAUUAUUUUUAUUGCUUUAAAACAUUAUUUUCCAAAUCAGCCUACCAUAAUAAUUUACCAGGAAGCAGGGGACAGCUACUUGUUUAAAAGUCCAAUUAUUGGACUCAAUCUGCAGGUGUGCUAAUUCAGCCUCCAGGGAAAACUCUGUUUUAAGGGGUUUGUUAUAAUCUGAAGUAAUCAGUUCAGAAGAUUUUGAGAGGUUGAUCUUGUGUAAAGUGACUGAACCCAUUUACAUCUCAUAUAAUAGGAAAUUAGCUUUUAUAGAUCUAUUUUUUAAAAACUUUAAUAAUAUUUUGAUGAAACUAAGAUUGAAAAUAACCACUUGUAAAAAUUCCUCUUAUGAUUAUUGUUACUAAAAAUGUAUUUUCAUGUUUAAACUGCUCUUUGGAUAUUUUCAUAUUAAUUUAUAACUACUACAUUGAGUUGUGUGUUGAUGUCCAGAAAUAAUACAUUAAAAGACUUUUCACUUUAAAUUAGUAAUAUUGACCACUUACCCUGUGCCUGGCCUUGUGCUAAUCAUUAGCAUGAGUAAUUUAUAUAUACUACAUAGUCAACCUCUCCUUUGAAUCAAAACAAUUUCAUAAGAUGCAAAGAAAAAUUGGUAACAGGUUUAAUAUAAUUUUUAUCAUAAUUUACAAAUGAGCUUUGCAAGUAGUGGUCAGAGGGCAUUAAUUUUUCCCAUAGUUAAGCUAAAUUAAACAUGUUCCUUCUAGUUAUGAUUAUAUUAUUAAACCCCUUUAUUCACACUUAAUCACAGUACUUUCUGUUUUUAUGCAAAGCUAUAAAUUCGGUUCUUUUAUUUUAUCUAUGGUAUUUUGGCAAAGACUCAGGAAUAUAAUAUAUAAGGGAGAUGUUAAUUUAAUUUCAGUUUCCACUAAAUUUAGUAUCAACCAAAGCCUCAAAUUUUAUAAUCUUCAGUUAGAUAAGAGCUUUUACCCAAACCAAAUUUGUCUUUAAUGAUAGUCAUUUGGCUUCUGAAUGUUUGAAAAGAUUUUUAAAAAUAAGUAGUGCUAUGGUUAUUGUUUCUAUAAUUCUAAACGUUGAUAGUAAUUAUAGUAUACUACAUUUCAUUUCUGAAUAGCUUUUGAAUUCAUGAAAAAUUAGUAAUUUUGAAGUUAUACAUGUAUAAGCAUUAUAUUAGCUUAUUUCUCUUGUGUUGAUAUGUUUUAGUACCAUUUUUGCUUCUGUAUAUUUAUGUGCAGUUUUUGUAUGUAAUU